AUGCACGAUUUCCACGAAUGGUGGAAUCAAAACAAAACAACAUUUGUCAAUUUCUUACAACAUUUUCCACUACAAACAAAAUCUAACCCAAAGUUUUCCAGCCAAAUUCCAUCAACAAUCAGCCCAGCAAGAAUCUCCUCCAAUUACGCCGAAACCAGUCCCAAAUGGACCACCUUAAAAUUCAAAAAUCCCAGCAGCCUUCUUUCUUGUUUUCUUUCCCAAGUAUCAAACUUACUGGUUACGAUUAGGAACCUUCUGGCUCUCCAUUUUGAUGCUUAUUUCAAGAGAAACACUCUUUCAGAUUGUAACAAAACUCUAAACAAUAUGGAUCUACUGGAGAUUUGGUUAGUUUUCAUUGUGAGCAACCAUUUCUCAUUUGUCUCUUCUCUGAACGAAGAGGGAUUAGCUCUGCUGUCAUUCAAAAGCUCAACUUUUGAUUCUCAAGGGUUCCUCCAAAACUGGAAUUUGUCUGAUGCAACACCGUGUUCGUGGAAUGGAAUCACUUGUUCAGAACAAAGAGUUGUCUCUCUCAGUAUUGUAGACAAGAAACUCUCUGGUACUCUCCAUCCUGCACUCGGAAAACUUGGGUCACUCCACCAUUUGAGCCUUCAGAACAACAAUCUUUUCGGAAGCUUCCCAACUGAACUCUACAACCUGGUAGAGUUACAAAGCUUGGACCUCUCACAAAAUCUCUUUAAUGGUUCUAUUCCAGAUGGGUUUGGUUCCCAUUUGACAUCUCUUCAGAAUCUCAAUCUUUCCUUCAAUGUGCUCCACGGUUUGAUCCCUGCUGACUUUGGCAACUUGUCCAACUUGCAAGGUACUCUUGAUUUGUCUCACAAUGUCUUUACCGGCCCAAUCCCGGUGAGCCUAAGCAGCCUCCCUACAACCCUUUAUAUUGAUCUCAGUUACAAUAAUCUCAGCGGCUCAAUUCCACCACAAGAAGCUUUGCAGAACCUUGGACCAACAGCUUAUGUAGGGAAUGCCUUUCUCUGUGGACUUCCCCUUAAUGUUUCAUGUUCAUUCGUAAUACCACCGCCAAAUCACAACCCAUGGUUCCAUUGCCCAUCACAUGGAAAAGGUGGAAAAGCUUGUUCCAUAAUCACAGGCUCGGCUAGUAUCAUAGUUGGUUUCUGCUUGAUUAUCCUAGUAGUAUUUUGGUGCAAGAGAGCUUAUCCGGCUAAAGGUAGUGAAAAUCUAAAUGGCUCCUGUAACUUUCGGCAGGCAUUGAUGUUUAAAACAGAGUUUUCUUGCUUCGCAAAACAUGAAGUUGAGCCCCUACCAGAGAACAUGGAUAACUAUAACUUUGUACUACUUGAUCGGCAAGUCGACUUUGAUCUUGAGCAACUUUUGAAAUCCUCGGCUUAUCUUCUAGGCAAGAACGGGAAUGGGAUUGUGUAUAAAGUGUUUCUAGAGAGAGGAUUAAAGCUAGCAGUAAGAAGGUUGGAAGAUGGAGCUUAUGAAAGAUUUAAAGAGUUUCAAACUGAAGUUGAAGCAAUAGGGAAAGUGAGGCAUCCCAAUAUUGUAGCUCUUUUAGCUUAUUGCUGGUCUGAUGAAGAGAAACUGCUCAUUCAUGAGUAUAUACCUCAGGGAGACCUAGCCAUUGCAAUUCAUGGAAAAGCAGAAAUUUCCUACUUCAAACCACUUUCAUGGAGUGAUCGUGUGAAAAUCAUGAAAGGAAUAGCAAAGGGAUUGACAUACCUUCACGAAUUCAGCCCAAGAAAAUACGUCCACGGCGAUCUGAAACCAACCAACAUUCUCCUAGGCAACAACAUGGAACCCUACAUCGCAGAUUUUGGACUCGGACGACUAGCAAAUGCCGCCGGAGAUUUCACCGGCCCACCAUCGGAAAAAACCUCCACGGCAACGCCGCGGCGGUCUCCAUUCCGAUCAAAUUCCAUGUGCUCCUCUCUGUCGAUAGGGUCGUAUUAUCAAGCCCCGGAAGCGUUGAAGGCGGGAAAACCAUCGCAGAAGUGGGAUGUUUACUCGUUGGGGGUGAUAUUACUAGAAAUUAUCACGGGAAAGUAUCCGGUGAUUCAAUGGGGUUCGUCAGAGAUGGAGCUGGUAGAAUGGGUGGAGCUUGGAAUGGAUGAAGGGAAAAGGGUAUUGUGUAUGAUGGAUCCGUCAAUGUGUGGGGAAGUGGAGAAGGAAGAAGCUGCGGCGGCCAUUGAAAUAGCUGUUGCUUGCACUCGGAAGAACCCUGAAAAGAGACCUUGUAUGAGAAUUGUCUCUGAAUGUUUGGAAAAAUUGGGAACUUCAUCGUAAUUGAACCCUAAGCAAAAUGUGAAGAUGAAGAACAUCUCAUGCAUGACCGCCGUAGAACUUGGGUGAAAAACACCGACCCGAACCGAUUUUAUUCGGGUCUGUUCGGGUUUAAAAUUACCGAUUACGUUAAAAUUAUUUCUUCGCCUGCGACUCUGCUUCAUUUCCUCGUCUUCGACUCUUCUUCACCUCUUCGUCUGCAGACUCGGCAUCAUUUCUUCGUCUUCAUCACUUCGCCACUCCAUCGUCUUCAUCACUUGAGUUUCUGGGAGUUGGGUGUGUUUACCUAUUGUUUUUGCCUUCCUUUUCGGCCUUUUCUGUGUUUACCUAACUAUAUCGGCCUUCGAUUACAGCUUCCUCAAGCUUUCUCAAGCUUCCUCGUAACCUUCAAGAUCUUCAGAUUCUCAGGUAUUGUUGGGUUUUUUUUUUCUGUCUGUUUUUUGUUAUUGCCUAUUGGAUGUUCAUAUAGGAACUUGGAUGUUGGGUUUUUUUUUUUUUUUUUUUUUUAAUUUUUUUAUUGGCUAUAUAAUCGGUAGACUGUGUUGUUUUCUCAAUUUUUCAUCUGGUUCUCAUAAAUAAUAAUAAUAAGAAGAAGAUCAGACUCCAAAAA